UGCUUCAACCAGUUUGGAUAAGAGCUGAAAGCGAAUCCUCCACAGCACGAGCUCUCACGACGGGGGAGGCUGAAGGGAGCAGUCGCUGCUAAACCCCUAAACUCUCCGAUUGAUUUAAUACCACCGCUGAAUUUUUUACGAUGACUCGGACACCAGUUUGACCUGGAUGCCAAGCGCAAGGAUAAUGGGUGCCUUCAUUAAAAUCCUGCAUGUGACCCUGCUUCUGUCCAGUUUCGGCUUCACCCUUCAAUCUUCUGAGUUCCUGCAGUGCUUUAACGAUUAUGACGUCGAGCUCAAGUGCAGCUUCUCGGCUAAACCCGACACUUGUGCUGAAUACGAACUCGGUGCUUCAAGAUUAAACACAGACAAUUUGUGUACAUCCCGUUUUGUCGAAAUCCGUCCCGGCGAAUGUGAAUGCAGACUGCACAUGAAGGACGGGUUCGUUCUUUACGAGAUAUUAGUAAUAAACCUGAUGAAAGGAGACAAGAUUUGGCACACAACAAACAUCAGUACUGAAGGAAGCCUUAAGCCAAAAAGACCAAUUAUCACAUCAGUGACUCAGAACAUGAAUGGAGACUUUUUUGUUACCUUGAACACCACCUACACAAGGAAAACCUUUAUGGACUACCUGGAGGUAGAGCUGGAAUACGCCAUAGAUGGAAGCAAUGAUUACGUGACACAGAACGUUGGAAAAGUUCGCCAUUCCUAUGAGAUUGUGGGCAGGAAACUUCAACCUAAUUCCAAAUAUGUCGUUAAGGCAAGAGUGAAGUCGAACUACCCCCCUAACAAGACAUUCAGUGACUACAGCGAACCAUACGUGUUUUCUACACCGCAAUCAUUACAAAAUAUUCUCAGGAUAAUUAUGCCUACAUUAUGCAUCAUUCUGAUUAUUUGCAUAUCAUCUGUCUACUUCUGGUUCAACAGAAUCAUAAAACCAUGGUGGGACAAGAUUCCUACGCCGAAAUUUUCGACACAUUUUGUAAAACAGGUUCCACAGUUGCUGUCAUUUCAGACCGAGCUCUCAGCUGUCAGUCUCGAUUCAUCAGCGAACCACAUCAUCAAGAACACAUGUGUGGUCCAGAGUGAAGAUUCCUAUAAGAUCUAUAAUCCCAGUCUGGGGAAAGGCAUCGAGACGUCGUCACUGGUGUAUUUACUGGCAGAGAACCAGAGCGUGAACAGGAACGGCUCUGAAGGCGCUGGAGUUGAACACCAAUCUACAAACACCAAGCAAUCGUGUAAAAGUCAAAAAUCUGAUGAAUUAUUCUCAGGAAUCUGUAAUCAGGACUCAGGAAUCAGCAACCGGACCUAUCUGCUCUCAGACUCCAGCAGCUCAUCCACUUUUGAACAGCCAGCGGUAAACAGUGGCCCAAGCAAGAACUUCCCGGUGUCAUCCGAGAACCUGGACCUGAUGCUGCAGAUGGAUUUGGAUUACUACAAGUUGAGUGGUUCUACAGCCUCUGGAAACUCCAAACUGAUUCCCAUCACACCGCCCAGCAGUGAGAUGGCCGUGGACCUUCUACAUCACAUCGCGGGUGAUGUGGGUGACCACAAGGCUCUUAGCUCUUAUAACGAUCUGAUCAUAGAGAAGCCAUUUAGCACCAAGAAACCACAGGAUGCUCUGUUUUCCGCUCAUGAUGGCUUCGUUAUUCCAAUGGAAGAUGGGUAUCAGGCUUUUUAAAAUGUAGCCUGAAAUGCUGGAGAAUGAAAAAAAACCUACGUUAGAACUCAACUGGAACAUCGGCAAACUAUCGUAUUUCUCAUUUUGCAUAUCUUUUCAGCCAUUCCAAUGGACUCGAGGUUUGAUAUGACUAGCUCAAGGUAGAACUUCCUUACUUCUAUUUAUGGUAACGCCACUUUUUGUUGGUUGUUCAGUAUUUGAAUGCCAUCUGAAUGAAGAUUUGAAGCGGGUGGACAUGAUACUGAACAUGACAACAAAGCAAAAUCAUCAUUCCUUUGUAUAUUUUGUCAAUUUUAUGUAUACUCUCGGCGUUCGCAGUAUCAUUAUUUCAAGUUGCUGCUUAGUUUGAACUUGGCUUUCUUCUGCUGCUAAACACCAGAAUCUGGUCUUUAACACUGUUGUUGUUUCUUCCCUCCAAUUUAACCCUUUGACGCACCAAAAAAGCAUGUUAAAAAACAUGUAAAAUAUCAGUGUCAUAGAACUAAAAAGCUUCUUAACAGACUUGCAUCGAAGGUCUUAUGUAAAAGAUUUCUUUUGAACUGUGAAAAUUUGUCAUUGUCAUCUACACUUUAUUGCUAAGCACAAGGAUAAAUGAAUGUAGCUGAGAUACUGACAAUCUUAUACACCUCUGUAAACAUGUUUACAUUAUUAUACAAGUCUCAUGGGUUUGAACAGUCAUUUGGAAGUUUUUUUUAUAUUGUUAUUAUAUAAGAGUUUUAUCAUUUAAAAUCUUUGUUACAUAAAAGUCAGUAGUGAAACCCUCCAUGGCAUGCAGGUACAGGAAUGUAAUCGUUGACGACUUUUACGUCAGAAAGAUGAUUGUUUUCCCGAUACAGCAUAGUGUUUUAUUCCUCUUAUAUACACAAGAUUACAUUCACAUGGACAAAUCUGCAAAAUGUUCAUUUUUUAAAAUCAUAAAAAUUGCAUAACAAAUGUUUACAUAUAGUCCACAAGACACAAUAAUAACUCGAUGUACAUCUGCUAGAUUCUUAAUCCAGUGGGUUUUGACCUGGAUGAUCAACUGUCUUUUGUAUUUUCUGAUGGUUGUUUACGAGUCCCAGGUUCGUCCUGAACCACCGUACUUCUAGGUCUUGCACUUUCCUUGCUUUUCCAGCAUCUUCUGUGUAUUUGAUCCCUUUCAAACAGAUGAUUUGUCACAAUUUCUCUACACACAAUUAUUACAAAAGGUGCAAACAUUUAC